AUGCCUCUCCUACCACCCGGCCAACAACCCCAUAGACCCUCCCCCAUCCCCGCCACCGAAGCGCGCAUCGAUGCCGUCGCAGCCGACUCUUCCGAGCAUGUGACUUCGAUCGCCUUAACCGACGAAGAAACUCCUCUAGAGCCCCUGGACAUCGUACUAGACCGAGACGGACCUGUCGAAGAAUCAGACGACUACGACGAGGAAGAGUACGAUGUCUAUGAGGAGGAUUGGGAUCUGGAGACCGAGUUGGACAGUGGGAUCAAUCAGGUGAUGGAUCAGGAUUGGGCGGAUGCGAGUGGGGGUACGUCAACUUGUCGUAGGAGCCAACGGUGUGAGGGCUUUCUUUUUCUCCCACUGAUGAACGAACAUUUCGACUCUGCAGAUUUCACCAAGCGGUACAACCGGUUGAGGCAACAUGUGGUCGCGAGCUCGGCAUCGAACAAGACUUUCGGAGCGACUUACUCUUCUGGUGGGAGUAGUACGACCUCCAACAUCCUCCCCGCCAUCAACAGGCCGAAGCGAGUAACCUCGUACACCGAUCGAACAACCCCUUUCUCCGCCACCUCAAGUGGAACCCCCGGCGUGCAUACCGAUAAAGUCUCUGACCAGCUCGCGACCCUCAAUCAUCGUUUCGCUUCCAAACUCGAUCUAGACCCAAUCCUCAACCGUUCCGCGAACGUAGGCGUGACCCGAAAGGGAGGGAGUGAGAAAGUUUUGGUCAAGGAUAAGAGCGACCGAGCUACGAAUGAACAGGUGUUGGAUCCGAGGACGAGGUUGAUCUUGUUCAAGAUGUUGGGGAGGGGGUUGAUUGAGCGGGUCGAUGGGUGUGUCUCGACUGGUAAGGAGGCGAAUGUUUAUCAUGCGGUUUCUCCGGCUGCGGGGAUGAUGGAGGAGGGAAAGGAUGGAGAGGUGCAAAAGGAUCUGGAGGAGGAAAAGGGCGAAGGAUCGAUCCGAUUUGCCGAACAGACUUCCGUCGCCGUCACGAGGACGAUGGCGAUGACGACGACGACGACGCUGCCUCCCAACACCCCCCGUCACUUGGCGCUCAAGAUCUACAAAACCUCGAUCCUUAUCUUCAAAGAUCGCGACCGUUACGUAUCCGGCGAAUUCCGUUUUAAAUCCGGCUACGCACGAAGCAACCCCCGCAAGAUGGUUCGGCUCUGGGCGGAGAAGGAGAUGAGGAAUUUGAGGCGGAUGAAGAAUGCGGGCUUGAACGUCCCGGAACCUAUCGAGGUGAGGGAGAACGUGUUGGUGAUGGAGUUCAUGGGCGUUCAAGAGGGAGAGGAUGAGUGGCAGUGAGUUCGCGCAAAGCUUUGCUUUGGUUCACAGGGUGACCGCGUCCGAUCUGAUGGCUCUUUUCACCAAACCCAGGGCAUCCCCCCGUCUCAAAGAUGCCGAUAUCCCAUUCUCGGCCCUCCCCGAUCUCUACCUCGACACGCUCGUAAUCCUUCGCAUUCUCUUCCAGAAAUGCAAACUCGUCCACGCCGAUUUCUCCGAAUACAACGUCCUCUACCAUCGUUCCCAAUUGGUCAUCAUCGAUGUUUCCCAAUCCGUUGAACAAGACCAUCCUUCGGCUUUUGAUUUCCUUCGAUCGGAUUUGAAGAACGUGGAAGAGUUUUAUGGACGAAAGGGGGUAGGAACGACUUUAGGGCUGAGGGGAAGUUUCGGCUUCGUGACGAGGGGUUUCGAAGGGGUUGGUGAGGAGACGGAGGAAAGGAUGAGGGAAGAGGCGAGGAGGUUAUUGAGCGUUCGGGAGGGUCAGUUGGAGAGGGAGGAAGAGGAGGAGAGUACGACGAGGGCGAAUGAUCCGACCUCGUUCGAUGCGCUCAUGUCGAAAAAAUCGAAUCACCCAACCACCUCAUCACCAUUGACCUCCACCUCCACCUCCACCACGAGAUCGAGCCAGAAACCAAGUCAAGUCGACGAAGCCGUCUUCGCGCAAUCCUUCAUCCCUCGAGCACUGGAUCAAGUGUACGAUAUCGAACGGGAUGUGGCGAGGGUGUUGAGAGGCGAAGGGGAUGAUCUGAUUUAUGCGGAUCUCACAGGGGUGGCGAGGAUUAGGGAGAAGGAGAAGAAGGCGGCUGCGGACGCGGACGCGGAGGGGGGUCAAGGCGUUGAGGGUCGAAAAGGUGAGGAAGGGGAUGGGAGUGGGAAUGCCUCGGAGGAUUCGGAUUCGGAUGGGGACAGUGAUGAUGAUGAGGACGAGGAAGAAGAAGAAGGCACUCCUCGACCCAAGGGGAAGAAAUUCGAGGACAAGGAUGAGAAGAAGAAGCGAAGAGCCGAAGUCAAAGCUGCGAAUCGGGACAAGAGGAGUCAGAAGAUGAAAAAAUCGGAAAAGGCGAGGAAGGUGAGGAAGACGUCGGGGAAGAAGUAA